AUGAGUAGACAGCAACCAUCACCACAACAACAACAGCAACAAACACAACCAUGGGAUCACAUCACCGAACAAAAUAAACUACUCGAUCAGCUCCACUCCUCUGUAAUGAACACUCGACACUACGCUGUCUCUAUUGGAAAUGACCUCCGUGAACAGGAGGGGAUGUUAGAUGAACUCCACAGUGGAGUUACACUAGCCGCAGAUGAGAGCCGCCGACAGAACAGUAAUGUAGUAAGAUUGUUGAAGGAAAGUGAAAAUAGAGGGUUUUGUACAGCUGUGAUUGUGCUUGUUGCUAUUAUGAUCCUAUUGAUCAUGAUAUAA